GACCUUGAGCGCCAAAAAGUUUCGCUGCUAGCCUUGUGCGACAGCACUGUAGAAGUCCCAAACGCUUCAGACAUCAAGACAUCACAACUACAGAACCUGGAGAACUUUGAAAACUUUGCCUUCUCGACAUUGAAACAUAUCGACAUAUUAUCUGAGACAAAGGAGGAACGGGGAGUGACCCGAUACCACUAGUCAUGUUCGCCCGCCCUCGACCCAAGAAGAGCAUUCUUCCGCCCCUCGAAAAGAAGCGAAAAGUCAACCAUGCGAUAGAGGAGAUCUCCUUCGACAACGACGCCCGCGCCGACUACCUGACGGGGUUCCAUAAGCGCAAGGUGCAGCGGAUCAAGCACGCGCAGGAAGAGGCGGCGAAGAAGGCCAAGGAAGAGAAGAUUUUAAUAAGGAAGCAUAUGCGAGAAGGGCGUAAAAAGGAAGUCGAGGAACAUGUGCAACUGGUUGAGUCAAUACUGAGGGAGGCGGAACGGGCUGGUGGGGUUAGCGAUACUUCGGAUGGAGAGGCUGAGGAAUGGGACGGCAUCCCCGAUGCACCCAUCGAUGAGCCGGUGGAUCAUGAAGAGGAGUACAUUGAUGAGGACAGGUAUACGACUGUAACCAUCGAGUCUGUCAGUGUAGACAGAGAUGGUUUGCAUAAGCCCGCGGAGGAGAUAUCAGAGGAAGAAGCCGCAGAACGGAAAGCUCUAGAGGAGGCACGACAGGCAGCGGCGGCGGCGAAGAGCAAACCCACACAUCCUCCGAAACAGAAGAAGCCCAAGUUCAGGUACGAGACGAAAGCGGAGAGGCUAGUCAACCGGCGGAAACUGCAAGCAAAGAAGAAGCAGAUGUCUUCGAGAGAUUAG